AUGAUACUUAGGAGAACGCUGAAAGUAUCUGAAGUAACCGAUGAUAAACUGAUUCUAAUGCAUGUUGUCCAUAGGAUCGAAUUGAAUCGUGUUAAUGAAGCGAAUAUACAGUUGAGAACUGUUGAGUUAUUGGAGAAAACUGUUAACGCCUAUUUAUAUUUACUUGAACGUCAGAUAAGGAACAGAGCAGACGUUGAGCAAAUGGCUGCUCGAAAAACAAUGCGAAAUCAAUCUGAUCAGAGAAGGGCAAGUACUGAAUAUCAGUUAAGGAAUAGAACAGAUGAUGAGCCAAUGGCUGCUCGAAAAACAAUACGAAAUCAAUCAGAUCAGAGAAGGGCAAGUAUUUUUCCUAAACGUCAAUUAAGGAAUAGAAUAAGUGAUGAACUAAUAGCUGUUCGGAAAACAGUGCGAAGCCAAUCAGAUCAGAGUAAGGCAAGUCCUAAACGUCAACUAAGGAAUAGAAUAAGUGAUGAGGCGAUGUCUUCUCGGAAAAAAGUACGAAAUCAUGAUCAGAGAGAAAGACAGAAACCUGGAAAACAUGAAAAUGGGUCAGCACCAGAAUCGAGCAAACGCCGAAGAACUCGACCAACAGGUCUUAAUUUCGAAGACUGA